CCAACCGGAUGCGGAAGACCUGUUGUUAUGGUAACUGUACAAGUUUACCAUGGACGAUUCCGCGUGAUAUUAUUAACGGGCAGGUUAUUUCUGAUUUACUUCAGGAUGGAAGAGACGUGUGCCGCAGAAAAUACUUACAUCAUCAGGCCAAAUUACCAGCACAAGUUUAAAGGCGGCUUGGUGAAGGAGUGCAUCCGGCAAGUGCUGAAGGAGGAGCUGGCAGGGCAGCGGUACGCCGAAGGCAGCGAGCCGCAGCUGUGCGCUUCCGUGGCGGACUGCAUCAGGAAGAGGCUCCAGGAUAUGGGGUUUGACCGAUAUAAGUUUGUGGUGCAAGUAGCAAUAGGGGAGCAGAGAGGCCAGGGAAUCAAGAUGGGUGCCCGCUGCUUUUGGGACGCCGACACCGACGGCUACGCCCAGGACAUCUACAUGAAUGACAGCCUUUUCUGUGUGGCUGCUGCCUUUGGAUGCUUCUAUUACUGAAGAGGGACCGGCUGCAUAUUCGGGAGACAGACUGGCUCCCUGUAGGACAAAGACAGCAUAUCCUGUAUGGACUGAGUGAUCCAUGUUGAGCAAUUUAAAUUUGUACACAGAUCGGGCUCUUCUGGCCCAGCUUGUAGACACCAUCAUUAGUUCUAAUAAUCUAGGACAGUGUUUGCCAAUCCGGUCCUUCGGGACCCACAGCCAGUCCAGGUUUUUGCUCCCUCCCAGCUCCCUGUCAGCCUAUCCCAGAGGACCGGAGUGGAAGCACUGGUCUAAGUAGCAGUGCAGGUAGAACAGGGCCCAUGAGUUCCUUUGGGCCUGUUGGGUUUAUGCCAAAUAUAGCACCUUGUCUGGUUGUGCCAGGCAAGAACAUUCUGCACUAUGUAUAAAAGCUGCAAAUGUUAGCAUUCAGUGAUACUUUAUAACUUCCUUUAUUGAAAAAAAUAUUUUGGGCUAGUAGUUUUUUUCUUUGGGUUUUAUAUAGAGGCCCAUAUAGAGUGAACCUAGGAGGAGAUUGUUCCCUCUUAAAUUUCCUAAUAGUAAUAACACUGAUGAUAAAUAAUAAUAAUAAUAAUAGUACUGAAAAUGUACUGCAGAAAUUAUAAUCUUAGUUUUUCUGGGAAGUGAAUAAAAGUCUAAACAUCA